AUGGGUCGGAAACCAUUCGUAGGAGGGAACUUUAAGAUGAAUGGGACGAUCAAGUCCAUUAAAGAGAUCGUCCACAACUUAUCCACGUCCAAGCUCGACCCGAACACUGAAGUCGUCGUCGCACCUCCAAGCUUGUACCUCCUCCUUGCCCGAGAACAUCUCUCUCCCAACAUAGAAGUUGCAGCUCAGAAUGUCUUCGACAAGCCCAACGGAGCCUUCACUGGUGAAAUCUCAGUGGCGCAAUUAAAAGACAGCGGUAUCACAUGGACAUUGCUGGGUCACUCGGAGCGCCGCACCAUUCUCCGCGAAGAAGAUGAGUUUGUGGCUUGCAAGACCAAAGCCGCACUCGAUGGGGGAAUCGGCGUCAUUCUGUGCUGCGGUGAGAGUCUCGAGGAGAGGGAGAAGGGUGUCACGGUCGACGUUGUCACAAGACAGUUGGGGGCAGUGAACAAAUCUAUUGGCAAAGAUGGUUGGAAGAAUGUGGUAAUCGCAUACGAGCCGAUCUGGGCUAUUGGGACAGGCAAAGUCGCAACGACCGAGCAAGCACAGGAAGUUCAUGCAGCCAUCAGGAAAUGGUUGAGCGAGGCCGUCUCGUCUGAGGCCGCUGAAAACACCAGAGUCAUUUAUGGUGGAAGCGUCAACGAGAAGAACUGCAGAGAUUUGGCCAAGCAGCCCGAUGUGGAUGGAUUCUUGGUCGGCGGUGCCAGCUUGAAACCUGCCUUCGUGGAGAUCAUUAACGCCUUCACUUAG